AUGGAUAGCAACACAAACUUCUUAGAGAGAUUUAAAGGCAAGAUCUCCAAAAUUGAUAAAGAUGGGCAUGUCGGAGUUGCCUUAAAGAGUUUCAAGCCUAUUAAGAAGAAUCCGAAGCCUUUGUAUUUUCAGAAUGUCUCUGAAAGAAAAUUUUCACAAAGUCUUCAUGCCCAUAGGAAUAAAAGUUUGGGCAGCAUUAAAGUCAAUCAUAACAGGAGGAGGAUUUUUGAAGAUACUCUGAGCAGACACGAAGAGAGCAUGAAUGAUUAUGGGCGUAAUGAUGUUUCCUUGACCCCUGAUAUCACUGGCAAGUCUGCAAAAGCAGCCAAUUUGAAGAUGAAAGUGCGUGCAAAGGAAAUUAUGCCAGCAAGAAAGACUAACCACAGACGCAUAAAUCUUGGAGAGAUUGGCAAUCUAAGUCUCAAAAGUAUCAGAGAGAAGGAGACUUCUUACACAGUUUCAAAACCAGCCAGCUCAGGAUAUCAUCAAAGGAUGCUCAUGAAUCAAAAAAAGACAAAGUUACCUCAGAAGGUGAAGCUACAUGGCACUCAGGAAGGGUAUAACCAGCAUAAGCUUCCUCAAGACCUGGUCUUGAGGAGAGAGAAAACUUUAAAAGAUAAGAACCGUUUUAGAAAAUCUUCCCUGAUUAGUAAUUCAGUAAAGCCACUGGACUCCACCAACUAUACUGACAGUACUGGAGAUUAUGCUAUUUUUAAAGUGAGCUAUGGGCUGAACUCUACCACUGUCACUGAGAUGGGAGACUCAGGGAUAAGCUUGACUGAAACGCAUGGUACUUGUAAUCCCUUGAUGAGAAGGAGCAAAUCUAUUUCUAACACGCACGGAUCUCAACAAUCUAAGAGACCCUUUAAUAACACAGAAAUUCUCCCUCUGAUUCAUAAGUACAGAAGAGCCAUGCAGUCUCCUAGAAGUGAAGCUGGUAGCUACUCCUUAGGAAUGGAUAGAGGAAUCUCUGUAUUGUCAUAA